AUGGGCACCAUUUGGAACAAGCUUAUGACCAUUUGUUUAGUGAUUGAGAUUAUAGGCAACCAUUUAAGGGUGCCCACCAUUUGUUUUGCCCAUAAUAUUACUGCAUUUUUUGUCUUUGGAGACUCUUUGGUUGAAGUGGGAAACAACAAUUACAUCAACACAUUGGCAAAACCGGUGUUUCCUAAUGGUAUUGAUUUCCCGAAAGGAACUCCGUCCGGUCGGUUCACCAAUUCUCGAACUAUUGCAGACAUUAUAGAAGAGGAACUUGGUUUUAAAGAUUAUGCUCCUCCUUUCUUGGCACCUAAUACAAAUGGAGAUAUGAUUUUGAAGGGUGUCAACUAUGCCUCCUCAGGAUCUGGAAUUUUACAAUCUAGUGGAUUAAUCUUUGGUGGGAGAAUUUGCAUGGAUAAACAAGUGGAUUAUUUUGCAAAGACUAGGCAAGACAUCAUAUCAAGAAUUGGUGCACCAGCGGCUCAAGCAUUGCUUAGAAACUCACUUUAUUUUGUUAUGAUUGGCUCCAAUGAUAUUAUAUUUGGAGAAUAUUCUCUAGCUUUAGAUUUCAACCAUUAUGUGGAUGGAGUAGUUUCAAAAUUCAAAUCCCAACUCACAACACUCUAUAACUUAGAUGCCAGGAAGAUUGUUGUGUUGAGUUCCCUGAAAGUGGGUUUCAUGCCAUUUGAGAUAGACAUACAUUUCUGUGCCCAAGAUUGUGUUUCCUCACUAAAUAAACUUGCCAAGUUAUAUAGCUCUAAAUUGAAAAGCCUACUCGAAGAUCUUACGAAAAACCUUUCGGGAUCAACAUUUGUUUAUGCCGAUUAUUAUGCAGUAACAGAAGAUCUCAUUAACAACUAUAGAUCAUAUGGAUUUGAGAAGGCGAAUCAUGCUUGUUGUGAACUGAUAGGGAGACAUGGCGGUCUGUUUCCAUGCUUACCGGUUUGUCGAAUUUGCCCUGAUCGAACAAAGUAUGUUUUUUGGGAUCCAUUCCAUCUAACGGAGUCGGCGAAUUUAAUACUUGCAAAGCAAUUACUGGAUGGUGGCCUUGAAUACGUUUCACCUGUUAAUAUCCGACAACUUGCUAAUUCUUGAUUACAUGCCAUUUUCCGAGUCACUGACAAUGUAUAGAAUUAUCCACUGUCAGCACAU